AGACCCAGCCUAUAGCGAUCGUCGUUGUUGGGAGGCGGCAGCGGGGUGGGUGACUCCUAGCUAGCUAGUUAGUUUGUGCUCAGGUUUAUUGUUAAGGUUGUAUGGAGUAGCACUGCGAGUCUCAAUCCCUUUUCACAAUAUCAACAAAAGCAUUAGCCAUGAGUUAAUGAUACUAGCUUGGAGAAACCGACAUUUUCCGCACACGCUCAUCAGGUACAGACGCGUAUAAACAGAAAGACGGCCAGGGAGGAGGGAGGGGAGAAAUAAGAAKAAUAAGAGGAGAAGGAGGGAUCGGGAGACGGUGGGAUUUAAAGGGAUAGGCGGUCCUACUCUUAAGAAAGGAGACCACACACUACAUCAGCUCAGCUGUUGUUUCCACACACUGAGGAACAGAGCCACAUCAGCCGAAGGAACCUUUCCACCAGCAAUGAAUGACACCGGGAAAGAAGAGACACAGCUCCACCAACACUAAUACACACACUUACAUUAAUACCAAACAUACAACCUUUUAUUCCCUAAUCGUGUCUUGCCUCAACAUGGCAAACUCAGCUCUAGUGGUCCAAGCAGAACUAUUACCCCCUCAAUCGUCCUCCUCCCUCUCUCCCUUCCCAUCGCUGCAGGGACCAGGAGAAGGGGAGGAGGACAGGGUAAGGGAGGAAGAAGCGGAUGGGGAGAAAGGGAUGGUGGAGGGGGGUGAGGAUAUAGUGCUGACCGGGGUAGGGGUGCAGAUGGUGACGUCAUCGGUCCUGGCUGCGCCCCAUCUCCAGGAGCACCCUGAGCACCCGUUCCAGUGCCUGGAUUGUGGCAAGAGCUUCAAGUGGUCUUCAAGGCUGGCCCACCACCAGCGCAGCCACAACAACGAGAGGCCCUACCGCUGUAACCUCUGCCCCAAGGCCUUCAAGGGCUCCUCCGCACUCCUCUACCACCAGAGGUCUCAUUCAGGGGAGAAGCCCUAUAAGUGUGAGGACUGUGACAAAGCCUUCAAACGCUCCUCUCUGCUCCAGGUCCAUCGUAGCGUCCACACAGGCCUGCGGACCUUCCAGUGCCCCUACUGCCCGCUCACCUUCAAGUGGAGCUCCCACUACCAGUACCACCUGCGCCAGCACACAGGCGAGUGCCCCUACCCCUGCGACAGCUGCCCCAAGGCCUUCAAGAACUCCAGCAGCCUGCGCCGACACAAGAACGUGCACCUAGGUCUGAAACCCUACGUGUGCACCGUGUGUACCAAGGCCUUCACCCAGUCCACCAACCUCAGACAACACAUGAGAAUCCACACAGGAGAGAGGCCCUACAUCUGUGGAGAGUGUGGACGCAGUUUCACACACUCAUCCAAUCUGGCCCUGCACCGGAAUUCUCAAAGUCACACUGGUGAAGGAAAGGGSGGGGAGACAGGGGGRGGCAACAUGGGGGAUGAGAUACAGGAAGUGAUAGUGGGGGAGGACGUGACAUCACAAAUGUUGACGGACAUGGGCUUUGUGAGCCAGGAGGCCACGGUGGGUGUAGGGGUCGGGGAGGUAUUCCUAUCGUCAGGUCACCAGACCCUCCUGCCCCAUCUCACCCCCACCCAGGGGGGCGUGUGCACAUCCAGGGCCAUCGGGACAGAAGUGCACGUGAGCACGGAGUCGGGCGCCAGCGUGCUGCUGUACAGCUGUGGCAGCUGUAGUCAGACAUUCAGCACACGGACAGAGCUAGAGGACCACCAGGCCAUGCACCUGGGCCCCGGGGAGGAGGGGGGCAGCGGGGUGGGGGAGGGGGGAGGGGUGGGGCAUCUGCUGGCUGACUUUGAGGAGGUGGUGGAGACAACGACGGCAGCAGCAGAGAACGGACACACUACGGCUGAACUACUGGGACUGACCGGAGGGAAUAUGGGGACUACCCAGGCCCAGUUUGACCUGCUGCAGAGCUUCACAGUGGGGGCUCAGAUCCCCACAGACAGCGUGGAGACAGGGGGUAACACCACAGGGACGGGCACAGAGUGUGCCUACUGCGGGAAGAGCUUCAAAACCAGCGGAGGGCUCAACAGACACCUGGCACAGGUCCACUCCCUCUCUCCCUCCCAGUCUCGCUCCCAGUUCAGCUGCUCUGCAUGCGACCGCUCCUUCACCCUCCUCUCUUCCCUGCUCACCCACCAGCACUCCCACACCCCUGAGCAGCGCCUCCUGGCCGAGGCUGAGGCGGAGAUCGUCUGCCCCGCGUCCCUGUCCCUUUCCCUGCCCCUGCCCUCCUCCCCCAGCCAGGGGGRSCAGCACCAGGACACCCAGGGGGAGAUCCACGUCAGCCUGAUGGCUGUGACCGAGGAGGGGGACAGGGAGAUGGUCAAGCCAUCCACCAGAGCAGUGGUCAAGGGCCAGAGGARAGGAGCAGCUAGUAAGACUGCUGGGGGGAACAAUGAGAGGCCGUACCGUUGCUCUGAGUGUGGGAAGGCCUUCAAGGGCUCGUCAGGUCUGAGGUACCACAUGAGGGACCACACAGGAGAGAGACCCUACCGCUGCACAGAGUGUGGCAAGAGCUUCAAGAGGUCCUCRCUGCUCUCCAUACACCAGAGGGUGCAUACAGGUGUGCGAGCRUUCCAGUGCCCCUACUGCCCGCUCACCUUCAAGUGGAGCUCCCACUACCAGUACCACCUGCGCCAGCACACGGGCGAGCGGCCCUACGUGUGUCAGGAGUGUGGCAAGUCCUUCAAAAACAGCAGCUGUCUGAGGAGACACAGUCAGCUCCACUCUGGCCUGCGCCCUCACAUYUGUCCCAUCUGCUCCAAGUCCUUCUCACAGACCUCCAACCUCAAACAGCACGAACGCACCCACUCAGGCGAGCGGCCCUUCCAGUGUGCCCAGUGUCACAAGAGAUUCACCCACUCCUCCAAUCUCCAGCUCCACCUGAGAACCCACUCCUCCAGGAAAGACUACAAGUGUCCCUUCUGUGGGAAGGAGUUUGUCAUGCAGUCCUACUUGCAGAGGCACAUGAGGACCCAUGGGAACGGGGCUGUGGCCGGGGACGCUGGGGUGGGGGGGAAGGAGGGAGGCAGGGCAGGUGGAGGGGUGACAACCACCACCACCUUACUAAACCCCAUCACCCUAGAGACCACAGGGAACUCUGGGUCUCUGAUCGUGUCUCAGCCGGCGCUGGACAUUCCCCCCAACACCUCCCAGAACUACUUCAUGAUCCAGACAGCAAAUGGGCUUCAGCUCAUCCCCCUGUCUGCCCCCGCCCCCCCUCCUCCCCCUCCGCCUCCCCCCCAGACACAGUACAUCCUCCUACAGUGCCCCUCCACCAAUGGGAGCCAGCCCAGCCUGAUUCUCGUCCCCACCACAGCGACCAAUCCCCAGCCCACCCUGGAGCCCCAGGGCCUCCCAUUGGUCCAGACAGUUCUAAACCCUGCCCAAACCCAGAUGCAACAUUUCCAGACAAUAUCCCAGCAACAACAGCAGCCCAGGUUCAUCAUCACCACCAMCAACAACAAUGUAAACAACCCUCCUGUUGCUAAGACAACAACUCCCUCCCUGAACUCUAUGCUGAACAAGCCCAUUUUAGGGAAAAGUACMCGGACAGCCAGGUCCAGGAGAGGACGGAAACCCAAAGCCGYUGUAGGUCGGMAUACURYCACCUCRGUUGCUAYGACAACCACCUCUGUCACCAUGACAACAGCCCCCRUCAGUCAGUCGGGGGAUGACCCCUAA